AUGUCCAAGUCAGAGGGCAUCAAAGAGGCAGCGGCACCUCCCCCCCGUCCCCCAAGGCCUGAUGAGCCUAGCACAUCGAAGGCGGCGGCGACGAGGAGACCCCCCCCCCCUGAGGCAUCUGCUGGCACACCCAGCGUGCCGAAGGCGGGUGACAAGGGUGAGAAGCAGCCACCCUCCACUUGUGCGGCACCUCUCACUGGCACACACACCUCCUUCGCGGAGGCCGCCAAGAGAGUCAGAGUUGCGGUACUACCUGAGGACUACCCGCAGGUGUACCUGAGCAACGAAGAGCUUGCCGAGCUGGAGGAGGCCAUAAUGGACGACGUAGUCACGUCUGAAUGGGACUCAGCAGUCGCCUUCAGAGGUAUCCACUUUAGGGUCGGAUACCUCCUGAUAGACUGCUUGGACCAGGACUCGGCGGACUGGCUGAGGGCUGUAACGCCUCAGCUAAGGACGUGGAAGGGCGUGCCCCUUGACACUAGAGUAGGAGAAAACAAUCCUGCGGCAUAUAAUGUCACAGUCUUCUGCCCUAGAAGUGCAGAAAGAAGCAAUGAGGAGCUUCUGAUGAUGCUGGGACGCCAGAACAGAAUGGAGGUCGAUUCCUGGAAGGUGGUCUCCCGAAGGAACGACCCCCGCCUCGCACUCCUCGUUAUAGGGAUAGACCAACUCACCCGAGAUGAGAUCGUCUCUAAAGGGCACCAGCUGAACUUAAGAUUCGGGACCGUCUCGGUGAGUGGUCCUAGGAAGGCGGCGAAGAUGGCGGCAACAGAAGCAGCGCCCCCCGGCUCCAAAGUCGGCAAAGUGGAGGUCGAGGAAUCCCUCGAAAAGCCACAAGAGCCAUUGGGUGCAAAGGAGGAGCCUAUCGCCGAUAUGGACGUGGAGAGCGAGGAUGAACAUCCCUCGCCCUCCCAGGAGGUGGCACAAGAGCCCCUCCUAGAAGAUAUCGACGAGAAGGAGGCCGACGUCGCCCUGACGGAAGGCAGUGAAGGGGAAUUCCCGCCCCCUUCACAAAACAUGGAGCACCCGCUCCAGUAA